AAUUGUACAUAGCGAUUUUUUAAGAAUUGUUAAUGAAAAGUUCAUUAACUUUUUUGUUCUUCCACUGUGGAGUGAUGCCCGUAAACRUGAAGUAAAGUCAGAUUUUCUGAAAGAGUGGAGCUCAAGGAUUGUUCUUUGCAAAACUCCCAAAGACAUUUGUGAAUUUUAUCACGAAUUUUCAUUUUUUGGAUUYAAAAAAGAGCAACUUGGAACGAAAAGGGAACAACGGAUAAGAAGGUCAUUCCGCAAGAGACUAAGUUCAAGUGAACUAGAAAAUUCCUUGUUUAAAUAUAAUGGAUUUCGAAUUAACUGGAAUCUUGAUGGCACAGCCUGCUAUAUGAAGGACAUUGACUACAAAACAUUGAUGAAUUGUGGAAUCAUUUCUCUUCUUGAGAGAAARCGACCAGACCAUUAUAAAGUGGUUGGAUGUUACAUUAAGAACCAGGGAAAUCAAAUCAAGAUAUAUUCAUUGUUAUCUGAAGAUCCCUUUAGUGUGCAUGUUGUUGAGGGAAGACGCUUAAAUGAAAUAUUGGCAAACACUCCGUCACAACCAGCUAGCAAUGGAAGUAUUGAACCUCUUCCUGUGAAUUCUACCAGAUGUCAUCCAGGCAGUAAUACAGAACCAAAUUCUCUUGAAGCAARUGUGAGACCUUCCCAACUGCCAAUUAGUCCUGCAAGAGAUGUCAGUAGGACACCAUUGUCACCCCCAUUGUCACCACCACCACCUCCACCACCACCAGAACAAACAGCCACACCACAAAGGGUGGUUACAGAUUCUGGUCAGCCUGUGGAUAGAACUGGACAACAUGGUUCAGCACAAAGGGUGGUUACAGAUUCUGGUCAGCCUGCAGGUAGAACUGGACAACAUGGUUCUCCACAGAGCUUGGAUGGAGAUUCUGGUCAGCCUGUAGGUAGAACUGGACAAAAUGGUUCUCUACAAAUGGUGAAUACAGAUUCUGGACAGCCUGAAGGAAGAACUGGACAACAUGGCUCUCCACAAAGGGUGAAUACAGAUUCUGGUCAGCCUGUAGGUAGAACUGGACAACAUGGCUCUCCACAAAGGUCGAAUACAGAUUCAGGUCAGCCUGUAGGUAGAACUGGACAACAUGGCUCUCCACAAAGGGUGAAUACAGAUUCUGAUCAGCCUGUGGAUAGAACUGGACAACAUGUCUCUCCACAAAGGGUGUUUACAGAUUCAGGUCAGCCUGUAGGUAGAACUGGACAACAUGGUUCUCCACAAAGGGUGUUUACAGAUUCUGGUCAGCCUGUAGGUAGAACUGGACAACAUGGUUCUCCACAAAGGUCGAAUACAGAUUCAGGUCAGCCAGUAAGUAACCCUGCGCAACAUAGCUCACAGCAAGGGCCAGGAAUAAGUACUAGUCAAUCAGUAGACAACAGUGGACAACAUGUAAAUGUUACUGUCACUCUAAAUAUGAAUGGUUCAUCACAUUCUAUAAAUGCAAAUUCUGGUCGACCAGUAAGCAGCCCUGGACAACAUGAUUUUCAKGGAGAGAGUUCAAGCUUUAAUGAAAGAGGAACUGUCUCCAAUCAACCUCGUCAACAAAGCUCUACACUGCRGCGUCCAAGUCAGAGUAGAAGUAAUGGUGAUGUCGAAAGAGCUUCAUAUGGAUCUUGGCCAAGGCGUAUCUAUCCUCAACAUGCAGCACGAAGAUCAUUUAUUGAAGAGAACUUUGAAGACCUCUUGCUCAACCUUUCACCACGUGUCAGUGUGGACUGGAGAACACUUGGAGGACACCUUCGRCUAGAACCCUACGAAUUAUCAAACAUAGAUGAYGAGUAUCGUAGAACAGAAGACAAAGCAUACCAAAUGCUCCUGAAGUGGAAACAAAAGAAUGGAAGAGCAGCAACACCACAAGUUCUUGUGGCAGCUCUUCGUGCGACAGGGAGAAAUGAUUUAAGUGAUAUUGUUCAAGAGUUUGCAAUCACUGGUCGUUAUAACAUUAAUGAUUAGUGUGGAAAAGAGACGAGGGAACAUCAGCAAAGAUGAUACUUCUCAAAAAUCCAGAAAAAAGGAAUGCAGAGCCUAAGAUAGAAAAUAGUAUGUUGCAUGCGCUUGGUAGAUAAAGAAAAAWUGCUUUUAGUUUCCUUUGCAGCCUCUUUUAGAGUUACAGGAAUCUUGUACGCUCCACUAGGGUGAUGCAGUAAUGUUAGCUUAGAUCAAGGGAUCAAAAGAUCGCUUUCAUUCAUAAUUGCUCUAUAUAUACAGUGGUAUUGUGACAUUAGAGUUGAUUAGUAUUUUGAUUUUUAUUGUACUACUUAUUAAUUAUGUGAUCCACCUGACGAUGUGACCAGACAAACAAGCUUAUAAUGUGAGCCGCGGGAAGUCAGAAAGAAGUUAGUCAAGACAAUGUGUUUUUCCUUGCUGAUUUCCAGAUUGUUAAUGCAAUUUCGACUUAAAGUGCAAAAGACGAUAUUCUAUAUUUCCUGAAUGGAACAGGAAGUCAGUUGAAAGGAAAUUUGUCAAAACAAUUUGUUUUUAAUUGCUGAUUUCCUGGCUAUUAAUGCUAUUUCGAUCUCAAUGUUUAAAGGGACACUGUCAAUGGCACGCAUGCGCGAGUAAACUUGAAAAGAUUAGGCUAAUGAUUUCAAGUUUACGACUCCAAGUUGGAGCGACGCAUGACAAAAAAAGUACUCGUAAACGUAAACAGAUCUAGAAUAUUCCAAAGUGUGUCAAAAUAUUAAUUUACCUCGAAGGUAAUACUUUCAAAGUCCGUUAGAGGCAAGACUGUUACUGCGCAUGUCAUCYAUUGACAUUUUCCCUUUAAGACGAUAUUCUAUAUCUCGUUUCCAUUUCUUCGUGCCAGGUGCUCGGGCCACAAGAUGGUGGAAAAAACUUAUUGUUCCGUGAAUUUCUAAGGUMCCCGUUCUCAGAUUACCAUAGGGCCUASUUCGCGCGCUCGCUUUAUCAAUAGAUAGCCCAGUAGUUUAUACAAUAAGCUAAUUGUAAUUUUCAUCUAUUAACUCUACAAGUYCAGACGUUGUUUUAGAAAUAACAUUGAUUCGACAGAGGAAACGGCAAUUCCCCUCCUUCUAAGGACCAACGUCUGAAUAAAUAACGUCCACGUACAUAUUGACGCUAAAUAUUUUAUAUGAUUUUAGAGAAUUUUUUUAAAUCUUAGAGAAUUAUUAAAUGAUAGUUUAGCAAGCAUU